UUGCGCCUGGGCUCCGGUCUGAAGACACACAGGCAGCGGCAGGCAGGCUGGCACAGUGCAUACGGACUGGAGUGGAUCCGGGAUGCGAACAGAUGACGCUGGACCAUGAGAGAAAGUGGAGGCAGACGCACUGAGCCGCAGCGAUAAGACAGCGCGCCGCAAAAUGAAGACACCUAUGACCAGCUGAGGAUGAUGAUGAUGAUGUCGGUGCCUCACCUGUCAUGAAGCCUAUAGGUGCAGCUCAGACUCAGUCCAGUGCAACAGGGCUAAUUUGUCAGCAUCUGCCUGUGUCUUUGUGUCAGCGCCAUGGGGUCGCCGUGCUUCUCGUGCUUCUCCUGUGCGCCAGCUUGUUCCUUGUGUACAACGGCAGCUUCAACGGCGCUUCCAGGGACGCUAACGACACGCACAUCCGACAGCAUGAACAGCUGCGGCGGCCCACUGAAGCCUCCGUCAGGGUGGCCAAGCCUCUCCCCCCGGUCCUCCAGGGAUACAGUGGCAUCAUCGACCAUAAGCCUCUCAGGAUGCACUGCCAGACCUGCGCCCUGGUGACCAGCUCAGGUCACCUCAUUGGUGGCGGCCGGGGUGAAGAGAUCGACCGGGCCGAGUGUGUCAUCCGCAUGAACGAUGCCCCCACCGCCAGAGGUUACGCCCGCGACGCCGGGCGCCGCACCUCCCUGCGCGUCAUCGCUCACUCCAGCAUGCAGAGGGUCCUGCGUAGUCGCCACGAGCUGCUCAACGCCAGCCAGGACACAGUGUUCAUCUUCUGGGGCCCCAGCAGCUACAUGAGGCGCGACGGGAAGGGCCUAGUGUACAACAACCUGAGACUGAUGAACCAGGUGCUGCCCAAACUCAAAGUCUACAUCAUCUCCUGGCAGAAGAUGCUGCAGUUCGACGAGCUCUUCAAGAAGGAGACGGGCAAGGACAGGAGGAUAUCAAACUCCUGGCUGAGCACCGGCUGGUUCACUAUGACCAUCGCCCUGGAGCUGUGCGAUAGGAUCAAUGUCUAUGGCAUGGUUGCCCCGGACUUCUGCAGACGCCACAAAUUUGCUGUCAAAAACAACAUUCAACAACUGAGCUACUGAGGACUGCAAAGGAUACAUGAGUUGUGUUUCCCCCAAUUUCAGGAAUUUGAGAUAAGAAAGGCCUUGUUCACCCAUCAUGAUAUAUUCUGGUGUUAUCAGUAUGGAAAUGCAGACUUCUGAAGAUCCAGUCCAUCAACUGGAACGCAGCUUAUGUGAAAGAGGUGCACUAACAUUAGAGGGAUAAUGGCACGUGUAGCCCAAAGGCAGGCCAUAUUUUACUUCAGUGAUUCCUCUAGUCUAAAUGAGUUUUUCAAAAUGUUUUUGGUCAGGUUAACACAUCCACUCUAAUGCUAAUACUAACUAAAUGAAGACGCCAUCCUGUCUCACUUUCAACUGACUCUAAUUGCUUAUUUUUUUAAGUGUUACUGGCAUAUUUGUGUUUCAGAAAUCAAAUGUUACUGUUGAUUAGCAAUUACCAAUUAUGGUCGUUUAGUCAAAUCACAAUAUAGUACAUACUGAAAUGUUGUGACGACGUGAAGUGAAGGUAAAAGUGAACUUCACACAACAUAUGUUUCAGGUAUGUAACAGCUGCACAGGUGGUGGUUCAAUUUCCCCAUACAGAUGGUUUGGACCUUCUUUGCAGUGAUAAUUGCUAAAAAAAAAUGUAGCAGCAUUAGUUAUUAUUUCAAUAGGAACAUUAAUGUUUAAAUUAGCUAAUGAACUAAAGUCUUAAUGUUGCCUUGGGAAAACCAUGUGUCUGAAAGGUCAACUUUUCAUGAACUACAAAAAAUGUUUUAAGCUUUUUUAACAAUGCUUUUUUGGGUUAAUAGCCCCAGACGCUUCUUAUUUUGAGUAAUGGGGUCCUACAGGAACACUCAAUAUUCUGUCAAGUUUAGGUUAUUUGAUUUUUGAGCGAUUUCUCUGUUUCUUUUUCUCUGUGCUCUUCUCACUGGUUUGAAGUGGGCAGGGCUCAUUUAAGAAAAGGUGAUGUCAUGUACUUCUGUGCACCAAUCAGGAUUUAGAAACAUGUGUUGCUGUUUGUUUAGUCACUGUCAAUCAAAUUUGAUCAACCCAAACCACCAAAAACCUGAUGAGGCAGAUUACGUGAGAGUUAAAUCUUUUAUAAAUAAUACCUGAAGAUGUGAUUGAUUUAUUUAUUUAUUUUUUUACUUGUAUGAUUGAUUUAGUCACUAAUAUUUAAUGUUAUAGAGAAACAAGAAACAGUUUUCUACUUCUUAGCCUAAGAAGUAGAUUUUCUUUACCCAUCAAGAAGCAUUUAAUCCUUCAAAUUUUGAGAUGCAGAACGUGUUUUUUACUGGGCAGCAGUUCUAACCAAAAUAAAGUUUCUCUAAGUGUCCUUAUUAGUAUUUGUGGGUGACAUAAAAAAAUAAUAAUAAUAAUAAUAAAAAAUUACGAAAUGAACUGCAAAUGAGUACAAUAAGCAUGAUACAAUUACACACAAAGGGACACCAACUUUAAAACAAUACCACUAAAGCGUCGCCACAACAAAUACCAAAAAAGUGAUAAUGUAAUGUAGUAAUGAUAAACACCGUAGAAAUGCAAAGAACUAUGGGAUACGUAGCCGGUUCUGAGUCUGUCUUGCUCCUAGCAACUAACUCAUCCAGCCUCAUUAGCAGAGUUUAAUGGUUUGAAUUACAGCUCCCAUCUCAUCCAUCUCAGCCAACACUAUAAUUGGGGGAUUUUAUUGGACAAGGAACAAAUCUUAAUAGAUUUCUCAAUAAAAAAUAAUAAACUGUAAAAUGUUCUGUAUAUCUUUGUUCCUGUUUCUGAUUAAUUUAAAUAUUUAGUUUUUAUUUUUGGAUCUGGCACAAAUUCAAUCUUGAUGAUAAUGAAAAGGGAAUGCCGGUUCAUUUCUUUGAACAAAUGGUUGCCUUAAGCUUAAGCUUAAGAUACUCUGCAAUCCUUUUAGUUCUCACAAGUGAAGUCUGUAGAUUUUACUGGAUAUGAUCCAACUUAGAAUUCAAAAGUUGUGUUUCUCUAACAUCAAGUCAGAUGUGUUUUAAAGACAUGAAGGGUAGCUAUUUAUAAAGCCAAAGCAUUUAUAAAUCACCAAUGAAUAUAAAUGAUGCAUCUGCUGUGCUAUCAGAAACAUCCAGAUAAAAUUUCUGUUUUCUUUUCUCGUUUUUUUUAAAAUUUUAUUUACUUCCUGGAAUUGUUUUCCACGUUGUUAAGCUGCUGCUUGCUGUUUUUUUGAAGUACCCUCCUUUCCUUUUUUUUCUAAAGAACGCAUUUGAAAAAUAUGUUGACUCAUGAAGAAAUCAGUGUUUUUAAUGACUUCUUACAGAGUACUAAGUCACUUCUUUGGACCUGUAAUUUUCAUUUUGUGGCCUUGUGUCUCAAGACUUAAUUACUGUAAUUUGUGAAAUUGCUGGAACACAGUGGUGAGGUGCAUCUUUUCUCCAGUUUAAGAUAUUUUUUAGGCAUUAUUUGCCUUUUAUUUCACUGCCAAUAUGUGCAAAGAGACAUGAAAUAAUCCGUCAGAUUUUAAUGACAUUGUAUUACUUGGUAUAGACUUUAGACCACUGAACAAUUUCAGUUUCACCAAAACCAGGUCUGUUGUGCAUGACAUUUAUACAAAGAAACAAAAGGAAUAUCUUGCCAUAUGAGCCAGUCAGGGUUAUUUUAAAAACAGUAGAACAUGACAGAGACUCAGUGUUCCCCAAAUAAGUCUCUGAAGAAUAGAAUAAACAAACACGACCUGUCCUUAUCUGUAUACAGUGUAUUUGCUGGUCUAAGAAAAGGUGAACUGAAUUAAACAUAAACAAAAUUCAUCAUAAACUGAAUUCAAAUGAAAAACCAAGGAGUUCUUAUGGAAGGCGAAUUAAGCUGCCAGAAUCAUAAGCAGCAUCAUUAGGGUUGCCUUUUCUUAUCUAAGAAACAUAUUAUGUGGCCAAAUGUAUAUGGACACCUCUAUGGGAAAUCUUAAUGCUACAACAUACAAUAUUUCAGACAACAGUUUGGGUAGGGCGAUGGCCUGUUUCAACAUGCCAGUUACCCAGCGCACAAAACCAGAUCCAUAAAGAAAGUGAGAGUGCAGGCUGUUCAUAGCAGAGUACUAAUGUCCAUGUUGUUUUUAAUGAGUUUAAUGUUCAAGUGUCCACAUAUGUUUGAAUUUAUUCUGCUUUAAUGGUUUUGCUAUCCUGUAAAGCAAUUUUAAAUGGACCUGAACCAUUUCAUGUCCCCUUUCCCUCAUCUCAUCAUAGUUUCAGCUAAAACUUACAGUUCAGUCAGGACACUCAGUGUCCAGGUUUUAAAAUUUAAUGCAACAAUACAUAUUUUACUUUGGUGCAGCUCUGCUCAGCGUGACAUAGACCGUCCCUGAGCUCACAAACCCCCCCGGCAGAGCCGGAGAUGCACAACAUUUGCAGAACAUGAACACAUAUUUAAGAAAGGUGUUUGAGCGUACGAGAGACCAGCCUAAGUAUAAUACUGGGCAUAGGCAAAAUUCAGGUAUAAAAACGUUUUAUUUAAUCAAAUGUAAAACGGAGAGAUGGGUGAAUGUGUUUAGUAUUUUUAGUUCAGUUUGUGUAAUACUGUAUCUAAUUAAAUCUGCUUACUGGCUGUCUUUCUUGUUAUAAUGAAUAAUAACUAAAAAUUAUUUUAACUAUUGGUGUUUUUAUCCUGUGCCAUGCUUCAGUUUUAUGCAGAACAUUUGGUUUUUGUCAAACAGAACUUUUGUUUCUUUAUUUGGCUUUUUCAUUGUGAUCAGCUGCAGGUGGCAUUUAAAGAUGAUAUAAAAUGAGCUAAAUUUGUCUGCGUAAGCCCUGCAAAGACAAACAAAUGAAUGCAGAUCAGUCCUUCUCCUUCACCAUAAAAUGAAAAACACUCUGUGGUGUCACAUGAAACUCAAGUGACUCAUUAAAGCGUUUUUAAAUGUCAACUGUCUCUCUCA